AUGACAACAAGAUAGGAAGUAAAUAGAAAAAUAGAAUUACAUAUUUAAGUAUUAGAGUAGCAUUUAGAUGUAUUAAAUUAUGAUUAUAAUAUUUAGUCAUCCUUUGAUAAGAUCAAUAAUUUCAUUGAUUAAGUGUUCAUUUUAGAUUAUUCAAUUUCGAAGAUUACCAGUACAAAAUCAGAAUUGUAAUAACCAAAAUUUAAUUAAUUCUAAUUAAUUGGUUAAUCAGAGUUUUUAGAAAAUAUUGUUUAUGAAAUGAAAUCAUUAAUGAAAUUAAACUAAAAGAAUCAAUAAAUGAUAAAUGAUUUUUAGAAACAUGAUGAAGAAUAAAAAAAAUAAAUUUCUAAUUUGAAGAAUUAAAAUGAAGGUUAAUCACUUAAGCUUAAAGAAUUUGAAUAAAAAAUUAUAUACAAAUUUAUCAUAGAAACUUAAUGUGAACUUAUACUUAAGUAGAAGCAAGCAGAAUUAAAAAUAAGCUAAAAUGAGGAUAUACUUAAAUAAUUAUCACAAUCUUUGGUAUGAGUAAAAGAUUAUUUAGUAGGUGUAGUAAUUCUCUUAUUAACUGACAUUUUCAACAACUUAUAAACAUAAUAGAAGUUCAGUAACUUAGGAUGGAAAAGUUAUUGAGACAAAUGAGUAAUGCUGUAUGUGCGAUUAAAUAAUUCCUAAGAAUAGGGUGAUCCAAUUUGCUGUUAAAGUUCUUGAACUUGGCUUUGUUAUGAUUGGAAUUGGUUUUAGGGAUAUUGUGUAGAGUUAGGAUUUUAAAAGUUGUUAUUAUCUUGGAGCAGGGUAUAUUUAUGAUAUUAAUCGUUCAAAAUAGAACAUAUAAUAUACAUUGGAGUGGUUAUUGUUAUAAUCAUGAUUAACCAGAUAAAAAUUAGAAAGAAAUAACAUUCAAAUUUUCAAGGAAUGAUAUCAUAAUUGUUGAAGUGGAUAUUCAAAAUAAGUAUGUGAAAUGGACCAAAUAAUCCACAAAUGAAUUAUUCGUAUCCAUUUCUAUUUAUUAUUAGACUCUCGCUAUUGAUACAUCCAAAGAUUUGUAUCCAUGCGUACAUUUAAAUGCAAGAUGUAAAGUAGAGAUAUUAAAUUAAUGGUGA